AUGAUAGAUUGCAUAGGAGCAUCAGUUGACAGAGGAAGAAAUCGAGGAGUACGAGGAGUAAACCCCAUCGGAAGCACUAUUUUGGCAAUUCUAUUAAUUUCAAAGCAAUCAGUAUGGAUUGAUGAAAUAGCUAAUCCUAUUCUUCUGGAGUAAGGAUUAUUUAAUAUUUAAAGAACGUUUGACCGUAAUUUUCUUGAUACAAAUUGUUUAACUCUCUGCUUAACUAGUGAUGCCAUUUGUCAUUAGACAAAUACUCACUUAUGUGUAGAAAGAAGAGAAGAGCAUGAUUGAUGGUUUGAUUAUGAUUGGGGUGAUAUUAAUGUUGAAAGUAAUGAGUUUACUUUCAGCUACCCAUUUGAAAUUGCAGAUGGUAAUAAAAUUAAUAUCAAAAGAGACUGGUUGGAUAUGAUGCAAUGUCAAUAUUAAGUAUAAAGAUUAUGAGUAAAUGUCUAAGAAUAUCGAUGUUAAGUAACACAUAACGUACGAUUGGUGAAAUAACCAAUUUGAUGCAAAUCGAUGCAUAGAAGAUAAUAACAGCUGUAAAUAACCUUAUGAAUAUCAUCAUAAUGCCAAUUUAGACAAGUAUGGAAUCUGUACAAUGUAUUUAGUUAUUACUUUGAUUUUUAUCUAUUAAUAAAUUGGGAUUUCUGUGAUGGUUGGAAUUGCAAUAAUUAUAUUAACAUUAGUAAUAAACAAUUAUCUGGGUAGACACAUUUUAUAAACUUAAAAACAAGUGUUAUUGAGUAAGGAUAAUAGAAUCAAAUAAACAAAUGAAGUAUUUUAAUAAAUUAAAUUUAUAAAAAUAAAUUCAUAUGAAUCAAUAUUUAAAUCGAAAAUAGAAUAAUUAAGAGAAAUAGAAAGAAAAUGUAUUGAUAAAAGACUGGAGUGUUAUUCAUUGAAUGUAUUUUUUGGUUGGUUAUCACCUCAAUUAAUAUUAAGUUUAAGUUUUGGACUCUAUAUAUAUUUGGGAAAUUAAUUAACUCCAGCUAAGGUAUUUCCCAUUAUAAGUCUUUUGUUGAUGUUGGCAUCCAAUUUAUAACUGUUCCCAAUAUCAAUUAAUGCUUUAUUAGAAAUAUCAUUAUCAUUAAAAAGGUUGAGUAAUUUUUUUGAAACUCAAGAAAUAAUGGAUGAAUGCAUCUCCCAAUGUGAUAAUGCAGAAUUUUCUAUUCAAAUCUAAAACGGUAACUUUAGUUGGAAUAAAGAUUAAUAAAAGAUAUUAAAGGAUGUGUCAUUCAACAUUAAGAAAGGAGCAUUUAUUUCUAUUAUAGGCGAUGUAGGAUCAGGCAAAUCUUCAUUUAUUUAGGGUUUGCUUGGAGAAAUGGUGUAUGAUUUUAAUGAAAAGAGUCCAAAAAUUUAAAUCUCUGGUACUUUGGCAUAUGUAGGAUAAAAAGCCUGGAUUCAAAAUGGAACUGUAAGAGACAAUAUCACUUUUGGAAGACAAUUUAAUUAAGAUGUAUAUAAUCAAGCAAUAUAUUAUUCAUGUCUAUCACAAGAUUUAGAAGUCUUAAUUGAUGGAGAUCUAACAAUGAUAGGUGAAAAAGGCAUCAAUUUGUCAGGUGGAUAAAAAGCAAGAAUCAGUUUAGCAAGAGCCAUUUACAGUGGAGCAUAAAUUCUGUUGCUAGACGAUCCAUUAAGUGCUUUGGAUGUACAUGUUGGAAACUUUAUUAUGAAGGAAUGUUUUCUUAAACAUUUAUCAUCCAAAACAAGAGUCUUAUCCACUCAUGCAUUGAAUUACUCUCAAUUUACUGACUAUAUUUAUUUACUUCAAAAUGGUGAGAUUAUAGAUGAAGGGAAUUUCGAAAAAAUCUCAUAGAGUACUAAAUUCAAAGAGAUUGAGUAAAAUAAUAUUUUAAAAUCUGAUAAUUCAAAAUGUUUAUAAUUAGAUCCAAAGAAGAAUAAUGAAUCUAGAUAAACUAUCUAACCAACAUUAGCAAAAAGAAACAAAGCAAAAACUGAAGAUAUUAUUUUGAAGGAAGAUCGAUAGGUAGGAGAGGUUAAUUUUGAAGUAUAUUAAAAGUAUUUUAUGUAUAAUGGAGGUCUUAAGAACUAUUCAGUACUAAUUCUAAUUAUGAUUUUGUGGAUUAUUUCAUAACUCAUCUCUAAUUUCUGGAUUGCAAAAUGGGCAUCAGAUACUAAUAGUCAAGAUCAUAAUAGUUAUGUUUAUUUAAGCGUCUACUUUUUACUAGGCAUUUUUUAAGCCUUAUUCGCCUAUGCCAGAGCAGUUUCUGUUGUCAAUUCAAGUCUUAAAUCAGCAUCUAGAAUACAUAACGAAAUAAUUGAAUCAUUGCUAAAAGCUCCUUAAUGCGAAUUCUUUGAAAGAAUCCCAAUCGGCAGAAUCAUGAAUAGAUUAACCAAAGACAUUAACUCACUUGAUAUCGAUAUAAACAUCAAUAUCUCUUUAUUUUCUACUAAAUUAAGUUAAAUCAUUAGUGCCACUUUACUUGCCAUUAUUACAAGUACUAAAUUAAUCGUACCACCUUUUAUAAUAUUCUUUUAUCUUAGUUUGAAAAUCAAGAAUAUCUACAUGCAAGCUAGUAGAGAGUUAUAAAGACUUGAAUUAAUUACAAAAAGUCCAAUACUCAGUUAUUUUGUUGAAUCCUUGCAAGGAUUAACUAUUAUUAGAGCUUAUUAGAAGUCCAAUUUAUUUCUGACAACUUUCAGCUAAAAGCUAGAUUAAAAUAGAUAAAUUAUUUAUGUUUCCACCGUUGCUAACUGUUGGUUUACUUAAGUGUUAGGCUUCUCAAGUUUGAUCGUUAACAUGACUGCUAUCACUUAUUGUGUUCUUUUCCAAAAUAAUGCAUCCUUUAUUGGGUUGAUUUUGACGUAUGUAGCCAAUUUAGAUGCUCUAAUCUAGUCAACUAUUGAUACAUUAAGUAUCUUAGAAAAUAAUAUGAUCUCCUUUGAAAGGUGUUUGGAUUUCACUAAGAUCCCUUAAGAAAAAAGCACUUAUACCUUAGAAGUAGAACCAGACUGGCCAAAACAUGGAAUUAUUUCAUUUGAUAAUCUAGCUGUCAAAUAUAGACCUGAUUUACCUUUAGCUCUUAAGUACUUCUCAUUUACAAUCCAUAAGAAUGAAAAGAUAGGCAUUGUUGGAAGAACAGGAGCAGGUAAAUCUACUAUAGCACUUAGUUUAUUAAGGAUUUUAGAAGCCCAGGAAGGUCAAAUAUUAAUAGAUAAUAUAAACAUCUCUUAGAUCUCUCUGGAAAAACUUAGAAAUUCAAUCACUUCUAUUUAGUAAGAUGCUAUUAUAUUUAAUGGAUCCAUCAGAUAAAAUUUAGAUCCGUUACAAUAGUUUAAUGAUGACUAAAUUAAACAGGUACUUAACGAUUGUUGUCUAACUAAUUUAAUUAAUCAAAGAAAUGGCUUAGAGACGAUGAUCAGUGAAAGUGGUGACAAUUUAAGUGCUGGUGAAAAACAACUAAUAUGCAUUGCUAGAGCUAUAUUAAAGAGAGCAAAGAUUGUUUUAAUAGAUGAAGCCACAGCAAACAUUGAUAUAGAAACUGAAUAAAAAAUACAAAAAGUGAUUUCAAAUUCAUUCUAAAACUGCACUGUUUUAAUUAUUGCCCAUCGUAUAAACACCAUUAUGUUAUGUGAUAGGUAAUUAUGUGAUAUAAUUAUAUAGAAUUAUAGUAAUAGAUAAUGGAUAACUAGUUGAAGAGGGUUUAACCUAAGUUUUGCUAAAUAAUCCGUUAUCAAUUUUUUAUAAUAUAUAUUAAGAAGUAAUUAAAAAUGAAGUAUUAUGA